AUGAAGAUCCUGGGCCAUGUGGUUUUCCUGCUGCUGAUAGGAGGGAUUUGUUGCCAGAACAACCGCAAUGCCAAACCUAGUGGCAAGUCAUCUAAGAAGAACCAGGGGAACCAGAACCAGGGGGCCGAGGCAGCCCAGUCGGCCCCAGAAGAUGAGCCCCAUUCUGGGCCAGUGGAGUCGGGCAGGGAGGGUAACUCUGGAGGUCGGGCGGCAGCCCAGCAGUCAGCUUCACAGAACAACAAGGCUUCAGAUGAUAUGAAGCUGCAUGUCCUCAAGAAUACUCAGGUCACAUGCAACGAUGGAACAGCGGCAGGGUUUUACCUAAAGGAGUUCAAAGGGAGUAAGAGAUGGCUGAUAUUUCUGGAAGGCGGUUGGUGCUGCUACAACAAAGACUCCUGCGAUACCAGAUAUAAAAAUAUCCCACGACUCAUGACCUCAUCCGACUGGCCCCAAACACGCAAAGGAAGUGGAAUAUUGUCAGCCCAGGCGGAAGAAAACCCUCAUUGGUAUAACAGUAAUAUUGUAUUCAUCCCGUACUGCUCCAGCGACGUGUGGAGUGGCACAGGGCCCACAGCCACCAAGGAGAAGAGAGGCCCGGGAAAAGAGAAGGAGAAAGAUUAUACCUUCAUGGGUUCCCUGAUCAUCCGUGAGGUCAUCAAAGACCUAGUCCCUAAAGGCAUCAAACAGGCCAAGGUUGUCAUGCUGGCUGGCACAAGUGCUGGAGGGACGGGAGUGCUACUGAACAUUGAGAGGGUGUCCAGUCAGCUGGAGCAGCUGGGGGCAGAGGCCCAGGUUCGAGGCCUGGUGGAUUCGGGCUGGUUUCUGGAGAGUAAACAGCAGAGGGUUCCUGACUGCCCAGACAGUGUCUCCUGCUCACCUGUAGACGCCAUCAAGAGAGGACUCAAGCUGUGGAACGGGGUGGUCCCAGACAAGUGUCGGCAGCAGUACAAGAAAGGAGAGGAGUGGCAGUGCUUCUUCAGCCACAAACUCUACUCCUCCCUGACCUCCCCUCUGUUUGUGGUGCAGUGGCUGUUUGACGAGGAGCAGUUGCGAGUGGAGAAUAUCUACCUGGGGGGUCAGACCCUGUCAGAACAGCAGUGGACCUACAUGCAGAACCUGGGAAAGGAUAUCAAGAACUCACUCAAAGAUGUCACGGCUGUGUUCGCACCCUCCUGCCUGUCCCACACAUUGAUCACUAAAAGUAACUGGAUGACGUUUCAAGUCAAAGGCACCUCCCUGCCCAGGGCUCUGCAGUGCUGGGAUAAGAGUUUCCAAGAAGCCAACCGUAACAGCAAGACCCCCCUGAAGGGCUGUCCCUUCCACCUGAUUGACACCUGCCACUGGCCCCAGUGCAACCCCACCUGCCCAGCCUUGGUGGACCAGGCCACCCAGCAGGAGCUCACCCUGCUCCAGAUGUUAGUGGGCAUGGGUCUGGACCUCCAGAAACUAGGCCUGGACCUCAGGAGGGACAGUAGCUCUAUAACUAGCAUGGUCAGUAACGGUGGCUAA